AUGACAGUGUUACCGGACGAAUAUCAUUCUGCACUCACACAACUUUUGGAAAAUUUGCUCUCUACUGACAACAAAAUCAGAACUGAAGCUGAAAAGUCACUUGAUCAGAACUGGACAUCCAAAGAUAAUGUCGAAUUAUUAUUGGUUUUUUUAGCUGAACAAGCAUGCCAGGGAAAUAAUGACACUAUACGUGCCUUUGCCUCAGUUAUGUUUAGACGUAUGGCCAUAAAAUCCCCUAAAGAAUUGCAAAGCGUUACUGAUAGAACAAUUGGUGUUAUUGGAGAGCCAGCAAAACAACAAAUUAGAGGCAUUUUGUUAGCUGGAUUUACAUCGCCACAAUCGAAUCAAGUCAGACACAAACUUUCUGAUGCAAUUUCAGAAGUUGCUAAAGAGGAUGCUUCUCCUGCAGGGACUUGGAAUGAGUUGAUACCUGCCUUAUUUGAGGCCACCAGAAACCAAGACCCCAGUUUCCGUGAAUCAGCAUUUAGAGUUUUUUCUGCAUCACCUGAGUUGAUCGAUAAUUCCUAUAUUGACGAAGUUUUGCUUGUGUACAAUGCCGGGUUUGAAGACGCAAACGACGAUGUACGCAUUGCUGCUUGCACUGCCUUUGUUGCAUUUUUCAGAAAGCUCCCAAAAAAUACUUGGAAGUUGUUGUCGCCAUUAUUGCCUAAUUUGUUGAACUCGUUGCCAAGGUUUUUGCAAAACGGACAGGACCAUGCGUUGGCUUCUGUAUUAGAAGCCUUAAUUGAUUUAGUGGAGUUGGCACCAAAGAUGUUUAAAGAUAUGUUUCCUACUAUUAUUGAAUUUUGCUCUGCAGUGGCAAAGAAUAAGGAUUUAGAUUUGAAUUCCAGAAUGGCGGCAUUGGAGUUGCUCAGCACUUUUGCUGAAGUUUCUCCUUCGAUGUGUAAGUUGACUCCAACAUACACCGAGCAGAUGGUACUUAUCACAUUAUCAAUGUUAACUGAAGUUUGUAUAGACGAUGAUGAUGCUGCCGAAUGGAAUAACAAAGACGACAGUGAGGACGAAGACGAAGAACCAGAAUAUGGCGCCGCCAGACAAGCUUUGGAUAGAGUCUCUUUGAAAUUGAAUGGACAAGCUUUAGCGGGACCUCUAUUCCAAUAUUUGCCUGCUAUGGUACUGUCUUCGAAUUGGAGAGAACGUCAAGCUGCUCUAAUGGCUCUUUCUUCUGCUGCCGAAGGUUGUGCUGACGUUUUAGUGAAUGAAAUCCCCAAAAUUUUGGAUAUGAUAUUGCCCUCAUUAGAUGACGAACAUCCUCGAGUUCAGUACGCUGGCUGUAAUGCGUUGGGACAAAUGUCUACUGACUUUGCUGACGUGAUUCAAAGAAGCUCAGGAGAUAGAAUUUUGCCUGCUUUAAUUUCAAAAUUAACAAACAAAUCCGUUCCAAGAGUUCAAGCCCAUGCUGCUGCAGCGUUGGUCAACUUUUCAGAGGCGGCCACAAAGGAAGUUUUAGAGCCAUAUUUAGAUGACUUGUUGAACAACUUGUUGAUUUUGUUACAGUCACCAAAAAGAUAUGUACAAGAACAGGUUUUAACCACAAUAGCCAUAAUUGCCGAUGCUGCAGAAAAGACGUUUGUAAAGUAUUAUGACACAUUGAUGCCUUUGUUAGUGAAUGUUUUAAGGGCAGAUGUUGGAGCUGAGAACAGAUUGUUAAAAGCAAAAUGUAUCGAGUGUUCGACAUUGAUUGCCUUGGCUGUUGGUAAAGAAAAAUUUGAACCACAUAGUCAAGAAUUGAUCCAAUUAUUUGGACACAUCCAACAAAGUGCCACUGAAGACGAUGACUUGGUGAAACUGUAUUUGGAACAAGCUUGGGGUAGAAUUUGUAAAAUUUUGGGAAAGGACUUUUUGCCUUACUUGCCAUCUGUUUUGCCUCCGUUAAUGUUGACAGCAAAAGCUUCACAAGAUAUUUCAUUGUUAGAGGAAGAUGAUGCAGAGGAAUUGAAGCUUAAUGAGGAAUGGGAUGUUAUUAAUAUAUCUGGUAAAUGGAUUGGUGUUCACACAGUUACUUUAGAUGAGAAGGUCACUGCCAUGGAUCUACUUAGAACAUACGCGGUUCAGUUGAAGGAAGAUUUUAUGCCUUGGGUCAAGGAAAUAGCAGAGGAAAUUGCCAUCCCUGGGUUGGACUUUUAUUUACACGAUGGUGUGCGUGGGUCGGCUGCAUUGACUUUGGCUUCAUUGCUCAGAUGUUGUGUGGCAGCUACCGGCAACAAUUCAACAGAAGUAUUAACCCUUUGGUCAAAAAUUUGCGAUAAAUUAAGCGACCUGUUGUGCUCGGAGCCUGUUCCAGAGUUACUUAUUGCAUAUUAUACUACAUUGGUUGAAUCUAUUAAUGUGUUAGCACCCAACUCCGUCUCGAGUACUCAGUUGCAGGCUUUAGCAAAGGCAAUUAAUGCCAACAUGAUCGAAAUCUAUAAUCGAAUCAAGGAGCGUGACAGUAUUGAAGAUGAGUACACCGAAGACGUUGAAGAAGACGAAGACGAGUACACUGACGAGGAACUAUUAGAUGAAAUAAACAAGGUUAUUUCAGUUGUACUUAAGAAUGUCAAAUCUAAUUUCCUUGAAACAUUGCAGGUAUUAGGCCCCACCAUUUCGUCAUUUAUAAAUGAUGAGAAUACAACCAUUAAGUUUUGCGGGUUGUCUAUUAUCAGUAACUUAUUGGAACAAUGUGGGCCGGAUUCUGUUCCUUUCAAAGAAAUGUUUGUUAAAGUAAUUUCCGAAUCGGUAACAUCUGCAAAUGCUAGUAUUCGUCAAAUUUGUACAUAUGCUAUUGGAAUGGCUGCACAACAUGGAGGAGAUGGUUACGGGGAAUUUUGUCUUUCAUCUUUGGAACCAAUGUUCAAAAUGGCAAUGGUUCCUGAUGCUAGAGCUGAUGAGAAUGUAUAUGCCACCGAGAAUUGUGUUUCUGCAAUUGCCAAAGUUUGUCAUAGGUUUUCAAGUUCUGUUCCAAGCUUGGAUAGCAUUAUUGACCAAUGGAUUUCGUUGUUGCCAAUCGUCCAAGAUGAUUCAGCUGCUCCGUUUGCAUACGUAUUUUUGAGUGAACUAAUUGACAGUAACCAUCCAUCAGUUUUAAAACAAGUUCCAAAAGUAGUGGACUCUGUGAUUCAAGCUUUAGCACAUGCAUCAAUAUCAGGAAACACUGCUCAAAAAGUCGUGAUUUCAACUAGGGCUUUAUUGGGAUCCAUUCCUCAUGAAGAAGCUAUGGCUUUGUUGCAAAAGAAUCCAUCAGAUUUAGAUGUUGUGCAAAAGUAUUUUAGUUAA